AUGUGGUACACGGUGAGCGGUUCCGCCGAGUUAGUGUACCCUAUGAGCGGCUUUCUUGAACUAGAAGAAAACGGUCUUCCUGAUGAUGGCCCUGGUAAUCCUGAUGGUCCUGAUAAUUAUAAUGGUCUUGAUGACCUUGCAUGUGAUUGCGUUGUUCUUUCCGUGCUGAAAAACCGUAUUUCACUGGCGUUUCUAACUCUGUGCUCUAUCGCGUACGUCAUCAAGGGCACGCAAGCGCGCCUCGGUCGAUUCAGCCAGCUACAGGUGCUGGCCUGGCAGUCGAACCGUCGACCUCUACAAGCCAACACCUUACGACCCUCGCCAAUUGUAGUAAAAACCAAGGCGAAGGCAAACAUGACUGACAUCAUCAUGUUGAGUCCCAAGAUUCAGCGCUCAGUUAGAGUCAAUGACGGCCAGCUCCUUGCGCUAUCUGAUAGAGCGCAAUUUGACCACUCACAGGCCGGGUACUUGCACAAGCGGAGUUCCGACAACACGAAAUGGCAGUUAAGAUGGUUCGUUCUGUAUCAGAACAUUCUGUUUUAUUACGAAUCGGAGAACAACACUCGUCCCACUGGCGUGCUCCUGCUGGAAGGAUCAUACUGCGAGAGACUUAGCAAAUCGCCCAUGGAACGCAAUGCUUCGUUCUGUUUCACGAUCUCGUACCGUCGUGAGAGUCAGAGGCAGUACGAGCUGCGGGCAGCUUCCGAAGUGGAUUGCGUGCACUGGGUGGACGCCAUCAGGGAGGCGAGUUUCAACAAGCUGCUCCUCCAAAAAGAGGAGUUGGAGCAGAAGCAGCUGCAUCUUCUGCAGGUGGUCGAGAGCGAGCGCACUUCCCGAUGGCAGUACGCGCAGCAGUGCGAUGAACUGGCCAACGAGGUCAAAAAAUUACGGGCUGAGCUGUGUUCGUAUAAGAAAGAGCACGAGCCCUCGACGAGAGCUGCGUCUGAGUCCAGCUCAUCGCCCGGUCAUUCACCGGAGAUAGAUCCGGUGGAGCUCCGGAAGAUAAAAAAAGUACAGAGUUUCUUCAGAGGCUGGUUGUGCAGAAGGCGCUGGAAGCAGAUUGUGGACCAGUACAUCAAGAGUCCACACGCCGAGAGCAUGAGGAAACGAAACAGUCUUGUUUUCAAAAUGGUUGAAGCCGAAGAAGAAUAUCUGGAACAAUUGGAGAUACUGGUAACAUGUUUCCUUCGCCCGUUCAAAAUGGCAGCCAGUUCGAAGAAGCCACCUUGCACGCACGAGGACGUAAACUCCAUAUUCCUGAACAGCGAGACGGUUCUGUUCCUCCACCAGAUCUUCUUCAAGGGUUUGACUUCUAGAAUGGAGUCCUGGCCCACGCUCGUGUUGGGAGACUUAUUCGACAUGCUCCUACCGAUGCUGACCAUCUACCAGGAGUACGUGAGGAACCAUCAUUAUUCGCUACAAGUUCUGACGGAGUGCAAGCAGAGUCAGCCCUUUGCUCAUCUGCUGACACGCCUCGAAAGCAAGCCCGCUUGUCAGGGACGAUCGUUGGAGACUUUCCUCACUUAUCCAAUGCAUCAGAUACCGCGUUACAUAAUAACUCUGCACGAGCUAUUGGCGCACACUCCGCACGACCACGUGGAGCGACGCAGCCUCCAGCACGCGCGGGCGCAGCUAGAAGAACUCUCCAGGCAGAUGCACGACGAGGUGAGCGAGACAGAGAACCUUCGCAAAAACCUCGCCGUGGAGCGGAUGAUCAUCGAGGGCUGCGACAUUCUGCUGGACGUCAACCAAGUCUUCAUUCGGCAAGGUUGUUAUUUAAUUUGUAACUUAAAGUUAAAAUUCCACUUGGCGUCAUUAAAGUGCAGACGAGCGUCGCUCCAGGCUCGACAGGCGUUCCUCUUCAGCAACCACCUGCUGCUGACCACACGAGCAGCUGGGGGCAGGCUGCACCUGCCUGCUGCCGGGAGGCUGCCCCUGCACGACGCCUUGCUCAUCGAAGACCCGUCAAACCACGACGACGACGAUUCCACAUCAGUGUGUUCGUCUCCCGGGGGGGACAUGUACCAGGGGAAAGAUUUUAAGAUCCGCUUGAAGGGGGUCAAAAUCAUGUUCAAAGAUUCCGUUACAAAUAUACAUCCGUCUGAAGCUAAUAAAAGCGUAUUAAAAAAAAGCCUAGAGUCUAGAGUUGUUAUGUGUGGUCCGUCAGUGGCGGCGACGGUGGAGGAGAAGGCGGCGUGGACGAGCGAGCUGGCGCAGUGCAUGGAGAGCGCGGCGCUGACGGCGCUGCUGCGCGCGUGCGGCGCGUGCGGCGGCGCCUCCGCCAGUCUGCCCGCCUGCCGCUCCGACCGAGCGCUCUUCACCGACGAUGUCGACAUCCGCUUCAGCAGGACGCUCAACUCCUGCAAGGUGCCGCAGAUCCGGUCCGCCACGCCGCAGCGCCUGCUGCAGAGACUCACCGACCUGCGCUUCCUGUCCGUGGACUUCCUGAACACAUUCCUGCUCACCUACCGCGUGUUCACGGACGGCGUGGCGGUGCUGGAGGCUCUCAAGCAGGUCUUCUACGAGCAGUCGCAGCAGGAGAUGGAGCUGGCCCCACCGCCGGAUGCCACUAGGAAGACCAGUGCCGCAAGCACCGUCUCUGGUUACGGGUCGGAGUACAGCGAUCGCGAUUGGCAGUCGCGUUUCUGGAGGGCUUCUAGAAAGAGCGAGGAAGAAGAUAAGUUGUCUCCGUACCUGAUGGCCCCGUCGCGAAGAACGUCCUCAGUCAGUAAGGGAGGCAAGGAGCUGUUCCUCGCAUGCAUACAUAAAUAUACCUGGAAUCUUCAUAAAAUUAUGUUUAACACGCUACCGAAGACCGAGGAGGACAACAGUCACUUGACCAUACCCAAAAUAAUGGCGACGUCGUCUAGCAAUGAAACGUUGAAAGGCACGUCGCCGUCAUCUCCUGGCGCCCUCAGCUCCGUGACCCUGGUCGGGAGCCCCAAGAAGCCCGGCCCGGACGACGGCGCUAAGUCAGACCGCAAGUCUCCCACCAAGGACAACGACGCAGCUGCUGCCAUCAUGAAGGACGAAAGCAUCGAGAUGGUGGACCAGAGCGACGAGGACAUCAAGUACAAGGAAGAAGAACAGGAGAAGAAUAAAUACAAGACGGAUGAUAAGUUUAAGCUGUCGCAGCGGUUCUCAGAGCGCGUUCGGACAUCGUCGGAGAGUCCACGUCGCCUCCAGCCCUCGGCGGCCACCGCGGCGUCCGAGGCCAGGCGCUGCUCCGAGAGCGCGCGGGACUCCGGCGCCGCCGCCCCAGAGGAGCCCAGGAGAGCGUCCGAUUCGGGAACUAGGUUUGGUGGUAGAAGGUCUGUUAGCGAGCGACGCUACACCAACUCGUCGAUCAACAGCGAGCGACGCCGCUACUGGGGGGGCUCCGAGCCGCGCUCCUCCGUAACCUCACAGAUAUCACAAGUCACGCAGAACUACCGCCGCGAGACCAGCCAGCCCAAAGCAGGAGUGGUCAUUACCUCGUUCCGCCAAUCGCACCGGAGGAGCAGUACAUCGACGGCGGCUGUCGCUUUUGCUGUCGCGACUUCCGCGUCGUCCAACCCGCGCUCCCCCCCGCCGACCUCCCCGCCGCCCGCGCGACGCGACUCCGUCAUAUCCACCGCCGCCACCAUGAGGGUGCUCAACGUGCUGCGACACUGGAUCUCUAAGCACUCGUACGACUUCUGGUCCAACGAGCGUCUCCGGGGCUUGACCAUGGACUUCCUCAAGGAGAUCGAGGGUAGCCCGGGCCUGCUGCCGGCGGAGCACAAGGCAGCGGCCCAGCUGCUUCGUCUGCUGGAGCGAGCGCCGGACCGGACCGUCGACCUGAAAGCGCUGUUUGCGGCACCCCCUGUUCCGACUAAAGAGAGCGUAGAAACACUAUCAGCCCUGGAGAUAGCAGAGCAGAUGACCUAUCUCGACUACCAAAUAUUCAGCUCUAUCAACAGCGAGGAGUUCCUCGGCCAGGCGUGGACGAAGGCGGACAAGGCGGAACGCGCGCCGCACAUCCUCAUGAUGACCUCCCACUUCAAUCACAUCUCGAAUCUGGUUAUUUCGGAAAUACUCAGGAAAUACACUCUGGCGGGUCGCGUGGCGGCCAUCGAGAAGUGGGCGGCGGUGGCGGACAUCGCGCGCUGCCUCCACAACUUCAACGGCGUCCUUCAGGUGUGCGCGGCGUUGUCCAACACCUCCGUGUACCGACUCAAGAAGACCUGGGACAAGGUGUCGAAAACGAGCCGCCACACGAUCGAGCGCAUGCAGACCAUCAUAUCGUCAGAGUGCCGCUUCAGAAUACUAAGAGACGCCUUGCACAGGUGCGACCCCCCCUGCAUCCCCUACCUGGGCAUGUACCUGUCCGACUUGUCAUUCAUCGACGAAGGCACGUCCAACUACACUCCCGACGGUCUACUCAACUUCUCCAAAAUGAGAAUGAUUGCUCACGUUAUCCGUGAAAUAAGAAAUUUCCAGCAAACUCCAUACAAAAUCGAACACAUCCCAAAGGUGUGCGACUUCCUGCUUGAGCGGUCGCUGAUCAUCCCCGAGGAGCGGCAGUACACGCUGUCGCUGGAGCUGGAGCCGCGGGCGGCGCGCGGGUCGGGCGCGGGGCUGAGCUCCCCCGCGUCCUAGCGCCGGCGCCGCGCCUCGCUCGCCGCGCUGGCGCCGCUCCGGCACGAGCGCUGAGCCGCACGCGCGCUUGGCUUAGCAUACGCUGUCUAUACAUAGACACAUAAUAAUAAUAAUAUAGACACAUAAUAAUCGGACAUUGUGUGAAAUUUAAUUAUUUAAACUUCUUGUGCAAAAAAAAGUCGCUUAGUUCAACUUUUCUAAAUGAAAAACGCUUGAUAAUAUUGCGCGGGAAAAUAAUGACGCUUGUAAAAUAUUUGAGUUCACUCCACAGUGCGGGUAGUUGUGAACGAGACUCGCUUCAGUGUGCAUAGUGUGAGCUUUUUAACGAUCUCGAUAGCGUAAAAGUUUACCGUUUUAACGUUUACCUGGGUUUUCCGCUAGAGGCGCUGUUCCAACUGUAUAAAAAUUUGAGUUAACUUUUACGCUAUCGAGAACAUUAAAAAGCUCGUACUAAGCACACAGUUUCUUAGUGCACCACGAAAACGUUUCUGUAUCACUUCUUCGUGUAUAAUAAAAAUCACCUACUUUUAGUGUCUUAGUUAGUUAUUGAGGUAAAACAGCUAUGAAGAAUUCAAAACAGUCAACAUGAAAACUCGCUUCACUGAAACUGUUCUUAGUGGACGUGUGACUCAAGUUGCCUGACUACAGAUUUAGGCCGCGUCAAUCAAAACUGCUUUCAAAUAAGCCUAGUAUUAAAAUAAAUUCAUAGUGAAACUUCUGACGGUUGUGCAGACAGACAUUUCCUCAUAAUCUAUGGAGGGUAGGGAUAAAGAGUACCAUAUUGUAUAGGGGCUAAGUUGAAAAACUAUCCCCCUGUCAACAGCAAGCUAUUGUUUGAAGACUUACCGCAAUAGCGCUAGUGUAGGAACUGAAAAUAGAAUAUAGCAGUUUUAAACAGAGUAAAAUGUGGUGUUUAUAGCGCUGUUAGUAAAAUCUUUCCACUUGCUACUGUGGCGCCACCUUCAUUGACACUUUUUAAUACACUGAGAUGGUGCUCCUUACUUUUGCCCUCUUUAACCUAUAAAAAUGAAUUUUAUUGCAAUGACAGUUGAUAUAGAAUACAUAGAUUACCCACGGCAACUACAGAUUACUUACCAUAACAUUAUUCUUUGACUGCAAGUCUGAUUUGAAUAAAAUAAUUCUAACAAAAGUACGGGAAAUACUGUUAUAGUAUAUUUUAUUACAAAUAGUAACUAAUUUUUCUAAUAUUACUGUUGUUAGACGUAAAAAAAAUUUAAAAUUAGCAUUUCAAAACAAAGUUGUAUCGAAUGUGUUUUUUAUUGAAGUAAAUCUUCUUAAGGCGCGUCAUGAGUAAAAUUUAGCUCACGACAGAUUCGUUACGGCUAAAGAGAAAAGAUACAAUUUAGAAGUAUAGCUUCUUUCACCUGCACCAAUCUGCAUGCGCACCAUUUUUUUGCUACGUCCUAGACUUAAUCCACUUAAAUUCACAUCAAGUUUCUAAAAUAUAAGAAGUUUUUUGACUUAACUCAAAAUAAGAAUAAUGGCAAGCAUAAAAACUUUCAAAACCACCAUACAUUAUGGCCUAAGAUUGUUGGAAUGUCACCUAAAAAUUAAAACUAAAUUACUGAUUAAAACCUAUAUAGAUAAAAUUCUUUAGUGAAGUGUGACAAAAAAAAAAUUGAAAUGAUAUUUUCACAUUUCAGCUAUGUAUAGUAUUAGGUACAAAUAGGUAAAUAAAUGUUAAUACAUUUUAUUAUAAACUGUUGCUAUAAAAAAAAUAACUAAAACUUUGGAGUGUUAGUUAUCAUAUUAUUAAUAAAUGUAUAUGAAAACUAUUUUAUGAGCUUGUGAGCGCUUAUGAGCAUAAAAUAUGCGUGUUCUAAUUAAAAAUUAAAAUUACAAAAUUACUAAAACAUAUGACUUUACUGGUCACGAUACUUAUUGUCAUUAAAAAAAAAAUCACGUACCUACUACAAGCAACAACAAAAAAUAUAUUUUUUAAAAAUGUUCUUCGUCAAUUAGUUAUAAAUGAAUGUACAUUUAAAUAUCACCUUUACAUAUCAAAUUGUUAAAAAAUCUCAAAAAAAAAGUAAUCAUAAUACAAAAACGUCAAUGCUCCUUGUGAAAACACAAAAUUACGUGGUAAUAUAUCGAUGCGUUAAAAAAAAAAAAGAAAAAGCAUUAAAGAAACCUUUUGUAUAUAUAAUAGAUGUUUACAAAACGCUCUCAGCGUGUUUAUACCCUGUGGGUUGUAUAUCAAUCUUGUCAUAAUCCAUAAGACUUCUACAAGACUAAACGUUGUUUAUAUGUAUAUAUAUAGUUCGCCAUGAAGAUGUGACCAUGGUUUUCGUAAUUUAUCAAUAUGGUUGUUGAUUGUUAACGAUGGUUGUUACAAAACAUUUCGACUGCUUUUAUAUCUUUACACACACAUUCCCCGUUCAACUGUCACGCUUCAAAUUACGAGUAACUUUGAGGUUAGUUUUUAAGAAUUCUUCAAAUCUCGUUCUUAAUGCCCCUCAACACGUCUUAAGUUUGUAAGUAGUCAUUUAAAAUGUUAUUGAUUUAUAAGAUAUUCGCUAAAUACCUACGAACGUUAUAAAAAAAAACUAUUGUAAAUAUUUUGUAUUUCGUGAUCGAGUCAAAAUGAUGCGCGUUCGAUUUCUUUUUUAAGUCGUUGUAAUUUCGAUAGGUUAGUUUUUUUCUUUUGUGAAUUAAGGUUAUAAUGAUAAAAAAAGUUUAUUAUAACAAUUUAAUUUAAUAUCUUUUAAUAUUCUGUCAUUUAGUAUAGAUUAGAAAAAUAUUUCGAAAGUAUUUCCGGGUGAUAACGAAAUGUAGAUGCAUUUGUAAAUUCCAAACAAAAAAAAGAUGAGACAUUAUUUCGCAAAAGAGAUCAGUGAAGAUUCGAAGAUUUUCUCAAAAAGUACAAAAUAUGUUUUAAUAGAAAGCUCGUGCGUGUGACGAAGCAUUUCCGUUAUAAUGGUUGAAUCAUUAUAUACAUAUAUUACAUAUACAUAUGUUCAUAAAUUGUUGAGGUCUCCAGGGUGAGGUCGUCGCGUCUGAUAUAACGUAAAGUGAUUCGAAAGUGAGAAUAAAAUCGCCUGUAAGUCUUUUCUAUGUCCUUUUCUAUAUCAUUUAAUGUUAGCGUUGUAAUAUCGUUGAGUAUUGUAAUUAAUCACAAUUCCAUAGGAUAUUUGCUGCUCAUAACCGUCGUGGAAUUGCUCAUGAGUGCUCAUUAUGAGCACUUAGCUAUCUAUUCAAAAGUAUAGACCAAUCAAAAGCGUUAUUUGAGUGUAAUAAUGUGUCAAUAAAGUCCUAUGUUAUAAUUGGAUUGUGAUUAAUUAUAACAUUUUUGUCGAUUAUCAUUAAGAUAGUAUUAACGUUGUUGGCCAUUGAAAUUGGGCUAUUUGAAAAUUUUAUAAAAUAAUUACUAAGUAUUAGAACAAAUUUUGAUUGAUGUCUUUUUUCAUUUGAAUUUAGACUCGCACGUUUUUAACUUUUGUCACUCUAAGGCGGUCUUACAUUAUUGUCUUGUAGGUAUCGCGUAGGCCGAUAUUGUUGUCAGAAGCAAAUGGUCAAAUCAGUCUUGCAAUAAAAAUAAUUAAAAUUCGAUCGCGCUAUUUGGACAUAAAGCUUUAAAUCUUUUAGCAUACAAGUGAGCAUAAGCCCGUUUUAUUUUGAGAUGUAGAUGAUUUUAAUCACACGAAUUUGAAUUGUACGAAGUGAGCUUAGCCUACCACCAAAUUAAUUAAAAGCCUAAUUAUUUAUUGCUUAGAUAUAGGCUCGGUGAUUUUUUGGAGGAUAUGCGUAAUAAAAAUGAAAUUGCCUUAUCGCUGUAAAGUUCCCAAAACAGACCGCUCUGAACUACAAAAGCCGCUUAUUGUUUCAUACCGGUCACCGUCCUCGUCGAAUCCGUCGCUUGCGACGAAGGGUUCGACGAGCGAAUUAACCCAUAGACACAGCCCACUGAGUUUCUCGCGGGAUCUUCUCAGUGGGUCGCGUUUCCGAUCCGAUGGUAGAUUCUGCGAAGCACUGCUCUUGCUAGAAACAGUGUUAGCAACUCUCCGGUUUGAGCCCCUAGAGCUCACCUACAAACGGUAGGUUGAAGCUGAAAUUAUAGCCUCUCAAGGCUAUCAGUAUAGGUAGGAAAAAAAUAUGUUUCAAAUAUAAUAUGUAGUGUGUUAGCUUGAGAUCUUUAAAUACGUAUCUACAUAAACCUUCUGUUUUUUUAUUAUUAUUAUCGUAUUUUAACAAAAAAUAAAAAUAAAACAAGAUAUGCGAUACUACACACCCCCCUAUCUAAUCGUUAUUAGCUUAAGGGGCUAUCCCAACUACGUUCUGACGAAUGGGUGAGCUCAUGGGGCUCAACCUGAGAGAAUUGGCUAACACACCCUAGCAAGAACAGUGCUUCGCAGAAUCUAAGCCCACUGAGUUUUUCGACGGAUCUUCUCAGUGGGCUGCGUUUCCGAUCCUGUGGUAGAUGUUAGCCACACCUCCGGUUUGAGUCCCGAGAGCUCACCUACACGAUAGAGUAACACUGAUAUAGCCUCUCAAGGCUAUCAGCAUAGGUAUGAAAAAAAAGCAGGGUCUAUCACCGGAUCGGAAUCACCAUCCACUGAGAAGAUCCGGCGAGAAGCUGGGCUGUGUCUAUGGGUUAGGUUGCAUGUUGAACUCUUCGUCGUAAUCGACGUGAAUAUUAUCUCUAAUGAGUUCUCCAUCGUCUUCUGAAUGUUCGUCCGCACCCUACUAGAUGGCGUUAAUUACAGUACGAUGUAUACAUUUAUAUAUAUGUAUACAUUUAAACAAUUUACAUUGUAAACAGACAUCGUAAUUAUUCGCCCCCUUUAACCCUGCAGCGCCCAAAAGGGGGCGUUAGCGCUCGUAUUUGGGAAAGGCUGGUUUUCACUAUUUGACAGUUCCGCUAUCAGCCAAAAGAUGGCUCUCAUCGUCACUAAUUACGGCUGCAACGGUACGAAUAUCUAGGCAUUUCUCAAAAUAUUUCGGCAAGUGAUGAUUGAGUAACCGGACCUUUUGCUUCUGAUUCAAAAUUAACAAUUAAUGUAAUAUAUAUAUUUAUUAUACGUUUUUUUUCUCUCUCUGUAAAUCGUCUUCCUUCCUAAACUUGUGAUUAAUUGCCUCAUUAGUACGUAAGUUGUGCACGUAUGUGUGUAUUACUGAAAACAUAAAAUUUACGACUUGAAAUUACCUCUUAUGAAAUAAAUGGGUGUCGAUUAUAAUAUUAUCGUUAAUAGAACCUUCUAAACUAAUGUUUCUUAUGAAUAAAAUAAUAAGAUGUUUUUUUUUUCUUUCUUUAAUCGAAUUAAUAAGUAAAUUGUAUUUAGAGAUUAAUAACUAUUUCCGAAACUACCUCUUCUGUGUGCUGUGAGAUAGAUGAAUCUGUGUACGGUGGCUCUCGAAUACGGCUAGUGAUAGUUCUGGUUAUUGAUACUAUAAUAUUCGGUACGUCACUAUAAUCGCACGAUAAAAAUAAAUAUCUAAUAUUAUACUAAAUGCAUCCAAAAAUCCGACUAAAUUAAGACACUAAACGUGUACCAAAAAAACAAGCUAAGUUGGGUUCUUAACUGUUUUUGUAUUCUGAGCUUAUUUUCACACAUUUUACAGAAGUUACUAAAAGAUGUUUAAUAAAAAUCUUUAACUGAAAAAAAUACAAAAAUCAAUGCUAAAUUUCGCAACAAAAUAAUUUUUAAAUGGAUAUUUAUAAAUGUUAUUAACUUAUGUACAUGAGAGCGCUAACGCACGGUCGUAUAGAUUAAUACAUAAUACCUAUAAUCAAACUGUGCUAAUCGUCGGUAUUCCGACGCUCGGAAUUUAAAAUAUUCAAAUUUAAUUUUUACUUAUUAAAAAAUUAAAAUUUAAAUUUUUAAAAUUUUUCAGAAUUUUAAUAAACAUUUCAAUGGGAAGAUCAUUUCUUUUUAAGGUGUGAUUCCGACACUGGCGGCGAACCGUAAUAGUUUGCAGCAAUUUGUGCAAAACCGAGCGACAGUAUCGCCGUACUUGACAUUAAUGUAACUAAUGUAACAUGUAACUAUAAUUGAGACCUUAGAACUUAUAUCUCAAGGUGGGUGGCGCAUUUACGUUGUAGAUGUCUAUGGGCUCCAGUAACCACUUAACACCAGGUGAGCUGUGAGCUCGUCCACUCAUCUAAGCAAUAAAAAAAAAUCAUAAGAAUUCUUAAACACGAAUUCAUAGUGUCGCAUACGGACUGCAGCAGACAUUAGUCACGCUGCAAUCUGCCAUUAGUAUCGGAAUCAUACCUUUAAACUGAGAUUUAAAAAACACACACACACACAAAAAUAAAAUAAACUUAUCCAUUUCAAUGUCAAUUUUUUUUUUACAGAAUAUUUGUUAUGUUUAAAUUCAAUAUUUAAAACUAAAGCUAUAAUAUGAAUCUGACAAUACGAAAAUAAUAGCUAGUACAAAUAAAAUUGAAGUCGUCGUGGCCUAAAGGAUAAGACGUCCGGUGCAUUCGUAUCGAGCGAUGCACCGGUGUUCGAAUCCCGCUGGCGGGUACCAAUUUUUCUAAUGAAAUACGUACUCAGCAAAUGUUCACGAUUGACUUCCACGGUGAAGGAAUAACAUCGUGCAAUAAAAAUCAAACCCGCAAAAUUUAUAAUUUGCGUAAUUACUGGUGGUAGGACCUCUUGUGAGUCCGCACGGGUAGGUACCACCGCCCCGCCUAUUUCUGCCGUGAAGCAGUAAUGCGUUUCGGUUUGAAGGGUGGGGCAGCCGUUGUGACUAUACUGAGACCUUAGAACUAUAUCUCAAGGUGUGUGGCGCAUUUACGUUGUAGGUGUCAUGGGCUCCAGUAACCACUUAACACCAGGUGGGCUGUGAGCUCGUCCACACAUCUAAGCAAUAAAAAAAAAAAAAAAAAAAAAAAAAAAAA